AUGGGCUCAGGCGCUCCUGUUGCCGUCGAUAACUCUCAUCCUAGUGAUCCGACUGGACCAACCGGCCGACUCGCCAAUUGGAUCAGUGAAACCACCCUUCAAAAUGUACCAUCACAUAUUCAAACUCGAGCAAAACAUAUCAUUCUCGAUGGGAUCGCAUGCCUCCUAGUCGGUGCACAUCUUCCAGGGUCGGAGGUGGCCGCUCGAGCCAUCUUCGAUAUGGAAGCACCGGGUACAUGCACGGUCUUUGGAUGGGGAGGACGAAAGCUCAGCCCCCUCCAAGCUGCACUUUUGAAUUCUACCUUCAUCCAGGGAUUCGAAAUUGACGAUUGGCACUCGGAAGCACCGUUGCACAGCAAUAGCCUGCUGCUACCAGCCCUCCUCGCCGCUGCUGAACAUGAUGCCUCAAGUGAACUCUCAACGAACAAGGUCACUACUGGAUCUGAUUUGCUAUUAGCGACCAUUGUAGGCUUCGAGGUCGGCCCGCGUGUAGGGCUUGGACUGCACGGGGCGCAUGCCCUCACAAUGGGCUGGCACUCUGGUGCAAUAUUCGGACCAUCGGCGGCAGCAGCGUCCACCAGCAAGCUUCUUGGUUUAACUCCCAGCCAGAUUGAAGACGCCCUAGGCAUCGCCUGUACACAAGCUGGAGGUCUUAUGUCAGCUCAAUUCGGAAGUGAUGUGAAACGCAUGCAGCAUGGAUUCGCUGCACGAAACGGUUUGUUCGGAACGCUUCUUUCAAGAGGAGGGUAUACCGGCAUCAAGCGUGUCUACGAAGAGAAUUAUGGCGGGUUUCUAGCUUGCUUCACCAGAGGCAAUGGCAAACAACCGGCGUACCUCUCAGAAGAAGUUGCAAAAGAGCUAGGGACGACUUGGAAAAUCGAAGGCAUUCGAUUAAAAGCAUAUUGCGGAAUGGCCGGCACUCACUGCACCGUAGACUGCCUAAGAGAACUACAAGCGAAAUACUUAUCACAGAUGAAAGACUUCAGAAAAAUCAAGGAAAUCAAGAUUGAACUAGGCGAGGCGGCUUUCCAUCAUGGUGGAUGGCUCCCUAAACGACCAUUGACAGCGACAGGCGCACAAAUGAGCAAUGCAUAUGUCGCGGCAACACAGAUUAUUGAUUACGCCGUUUCGCCGCUUCAGUUCAGACAAGACAACCUUGACAGGGACGAAAUCUGGGAUUUGGUCGGUAAGGUGAACUGUAUGGAGGCGAAAGACAGAGACCUCAAGUUCGGUCAACGGGUUACUGUGACCUUCCAAGGCGGUAACGGCGAUCAAGCCUCGGAUCCAAUCGUAUCAGAGCUUCCAGGACCCCGUGGCGUCUUCCCUGAACUUUCCAAUGAAGAGAUCAUUGAGAAGUGGAGGCUGCUCGUGACUCCAUUGAUCGACGACUCCAGACGGCAAAAGAUAGAAGACUUGAUACUAAACUUGGAGAGCCGCGAGCAUUUGAAAGAAUUGAUCGAACUGUUAUCUUUGCCGACCAAGAAUCCAUUGGCCUAA